UUAUUCUGAAAAGGGAAGGCGGAAAAGGAGCUGUUCUGACCUCAAUGUUUUGAGGUUUUAUUGCCCAGUGCUGCUUUUUUCUGGAAGUUUGCGAUUGUGUUUUUAAACCAGAAUGUUGAAAAGUGACAACGUGCGGGAAAAUGUGAAGAAGUACUAUGGCUGUCGCCUGGAGUCUUCCUGUGACUUGCAAACUAGUGCUACUUCCUGCAGUUUGGCCUGCAGCACCCUGCCAAGGAGUUUAACUGAGGCCCUAAGUCUGAUUCACCCUGACGUCAUCAAAAGAUUCUUCGGAUGCGGCCUUCCGUUUCCAGCGAAGCUUGAGGGCUGCAGAGUUCUGGACCUUGGUAGUGGAUCGGGACGAGAUUGUUUUGCAUUCAGCAAACUUGUUGGGCCGAGUGGACACGUGACGGGCAUCGAUAUGACUGAGCAGCUGAUCACAGCAUCCUGCCAGUUUGUCGAGUAUCAUCAAAAGAAGUUCGGCUACGAGGAGCCCAAUGUCUCAUUUGUCCAGGGAUACAUGGAAAAGCUCUGUGAAGCAGGGAUACAGAGAGAUUCGAUGGACAUUUUGAUCUCCAACUGUGUGAUUUGUCUCUGUCCUGAUAAAAGAGCAGUGCUACAACAAGCCUACGAUGUUCUGAAGGACGGAGGGGAGCUGUACUUCAGUGACAUGUAUGCCAGCAGUGUCGUUCCAGACCACAUGAAGCAGGAUCCAGUUCUGUGGGGUGAGGGAAUGGGUGGCUCUCUGUUCUGGAAAGAUCUCAUCUCGCUGGCCCACAGUGUGGGCUUCAGCACUCCACGUCUGGUCUCAGCAAGCCAUAUUGAGGUCCACAACAUCCAACUCAAGGAAAAAGCAGGUGACAUCAAGUAUGCUUCAGGCACCUACCGGCUCUUUAAGUUGCCGCAGCAACCAGGGAGGUCAGGUGCUGCUGUGAUCUACAAGGGAACCAUUCCCGACUUCCCAGAUCAGCUGGACUUUGAUUCCUCGCACUGUUUCAAGAAAGAUGUGGAAGUGGAGGUAGACGCAGAGAUGACAGCAAUUAUCCAGCUUUCCAGAUUCUGUUCGGAUUUUACAGUCAGGAUGUUGGAUGAACAUAAGUCUGAUUCUGAGCCAACACCACAGUGCUGUCACCUCAACCCAUUCCUGCUGGCUGACCGAUGGGGGUCCUCCAUGAAGCAGUGCUCCAAAACAUCCAGAUAAAACAUACAGGCAGCUGCAACCUGCUGAGAAGAAAAUACUACACGCGUUUAAUUUUAUUUUAACAAUUCAUGUAAUUUUAUUUGUGCCAACAAGUACUAAUGUCUGUGAAGGAAUGAAUGAAGGAAUUAUAUUUAGUUGGGUUUGAGUUUGCUAACUGGCUACAAAACGUCACAUUAAUACAUUGCAUAGAUGGGGAAAACUAAAAUAAAUAACAUUUAUAAAUUGUAAUAGAUUUUGUAACAGUGAGUGAUCAGAGCGAUACUGUGAAGAGAAAAUUAGUUCUGACAGCUAUGAAGAAAAAAUAAAGGCAUAGUAAUACUUAAAA